AGAGACGGGCUGCGUGACGUCACUGGAGGCUGGAACGGUGCCUUGAUUGGAGCCGAAAAAAUGAGGAGAUUGCGAGGACCUCAUCCAGUGAAAACAUGGCGGAUGGAGUGAACAGACCAGCUGCAUGUUGCCACUCAGUGCGGCCAUGUGACUGACCCGGACCUUCCGUCGCACAUGGGAUCUCUCGUCCUCCUCCCGCUGACCGCCCUUAGAUGUCCUGAUGUCACCAUGAGAGGAUCUGUCAGGUGCUUGACCUCCGUGCCCUCAUACUGGCGCUACCGUUGUGUUGCGUGAGCGCCUCCCUCUCCUCCGGCAGUUACUGCACGGAAUGGCCUCUCUGGACCUGCCCUAUCGCUGUCCUCGCUGCGGGGAGCACAAGCGCUUCCGAAGCCUGUCGUCCCUACGUGCCCACCUGGAGUACAACCACACAUACGAGACCCUCUACGUCCUCUCCAAGUCCAACAGUGUGUGUGACGCCGCUGCUCUGCUGCCCCUAGUGGCCGAGGGAGCGCUCCUCGCGCCUGCCAACAACAACGACCCCUUUGAGCCCCUCCGUCCUUCAGCUUUAAAGGAGCGGCGCUUCCCUUGCCGUGAGCUUCCUUGUGCCGACGACCUGAGUUUAACCCCAGCAAACUCCAACGCUGCAGCCCGGUAUAUCCCUAAUGUGGAGUUUCCCCUUGGGGAGAUUUUUAUGAAGAAAGCCAUGACAUCCACAGAUCCGGGCCCCCAUGGAAACCCCAGCACAGCUGUAGCGGUGGCAGCUAAUGUAGCGGCGAGCGCGGUGGAGGCAGCCUACGAAGAGGGCUUGGCCAGGCUGAAGGCACGAGCUUUUGAGAGACUGGAGCUGGAUGAGAGACUGGAAAAGCUGUCUGAGGAGGUGGAGCAGAAAAUAGCGGCCCGUGUAGGCCGGCUUCAGGCUGAGCUGGAGAGGAAGAGCUCCGAGCUGGAACGGGCCAAGCAGGAGAGCGAGCGGCUGAGCCAGGAGAAACAAGACCUAGAGGACAAGGCCUCUGAGCUUUCCCGGCAGGUGGACGUCUCUGUCGAAAUGCUGGCUAACCUCAAGCAGGACCUGGUGAACAAAGAGACGGAGCUGAACCACAAACAGCAGGAGGUCGCCCAGAUUGACCAGUUCCUCCAGGAGACGGCGGCACGUGAAGCCAACGCUAAGGUGCGCCUGCAGCAGUUCAUCGAGGAGCUGCUGGACCGCGCCGACCGCGCCGAGAAACAGCUGCAGAUCAUCAGCAGCUGUGGAACCACGCCCAACGGCAGCCUGGGACGCUGCAGCCUGCAGGCCUCAAAGGGCAACGGACGCCAGAGAAACUCCAGCAUCUCUGGGAGCACAAGGGGGAUGUACCAGGUGUCUGAGAGGCGUUCCUCCCCCAGCACAGGAGCGUCAGGGAGGAUCAAAUCCGUCUCACAAGGCUCUGGAGGUUACGACAGUGACAGUGUCGAGAUGCAUCCCAUGGAGGACUGUCCCGAGGCCCAGUACUAUCACAUGCAGUGCCGGUUGGGUGAGUCCGGUUACGAGCGCUCCCCUGGAUGCGGAUCAAGAAACUGGGGCCUCCGUAAGCAGGCUAUCCAGAACUGGCAGCGGAGGCCUUACAGGAACAGCACUGAAGGAGAGGAGGGCGAUGUUUCAGACGUGGGCUCCCGAACCACCGAGUCCGAAGUGGAGAUGUGGGAGCAAGAGAGGAGAGCCGUGGCUGAAGUCCAGCAGUCUGCCGCGCCCUACUCCCACCACAGCAGGGCAGCAUACCGGCCCAACGCAGGUCGGUCUGAAGGCGUCUACAGUAAGCCAUGCCGCCAUGAAAAGAGCCCGUCCAAGUCCAACGAGGUGAUCAGUCCGGAGAUCCUGAAGAUGCGCGCGGCCCUCUUCUGUAUCUUCACCUACUUGGACACCAAAACCCUGCUGAGAGCUGCCGAGGUCUGCCGCAACUGGAAGUUCGUGGCCCGCCACCCGGCCGUGUGGACCAGAGUGCUGCUGGAGAACGCUCGCAUUUCUUCCAAGUUCCUGAGCACGUUGUCCCAGUGGUGCACCCAGACGCACUCGCUCAUCCUGCAAAACCUCAAACCAAGACAGCGAGGCAAGAAGGAAACCAAGGAGGACUACCUUAAAAGCACACGUGGCUGUCUGGAAGAGGGUCUGGAGGCGUUGUUAAAGGCCACCGGAAGUAACCUGCUGAUACUGAAGAUUUCGCACUGCCCCAACCUGCUGACUGAUCGCUCCCUUUGGCUGGCCAGCUGCUACUGCCGAGCCCUUCAGGCUGUGACCUACAGGAGUGCCACAGAUCCAGUCGGUCAGGAGGUGAUCUGGGCCCUGGGAGCAGGUUGUAGAGACAUCAUUUCCCUGCAGGUGGCGCCACUACAUCCAUGCCAACAACCUGCUCGCUUCAGUAACCGGUGUCUGCAGACCAUUGGAAGAUGCUGGCCGCACCUGCGCGCCCUCGGUGUGGGCGGGGCCGGAUGUGGGAUUCAGGGACUGGCUUCGCUGGCGAGGAACUGCAUGCGCCUGCAGGUGCUGGAGUUGGACCAUGUGAGUGAAAUCAACCAGGAGGUGGCAGCAGAGGUCUGCAGAGAGGGCUUGAAGGGCCUGGAGAUGCUGGUGCUCACCUCUACACCGGUUACCCCGAAAGCCCUGCUCCACUUCAACAGUGUUUGCCGCAACCUCAAGUCCAUCGUGGUCCAGAUCGGCAUUGAAGACUACUUUGAGGACCCCAACAGUCCAGAGGCGAGAAAACUGUUCGAUGAGAUGGUUAACAAGCUGCAGGCUCUGAAGAAGAGACCCGGCUUCUCUAAGAUCCUCCACGUCAAAGCAGACAGUCUCUGCUAACGUCUUGGUGAGGCGCCAUCUUGGCUCCAGUCAGUCACAAAGACCCAGCAGUUUUGAGCCAACUUCACCAGGUUGAGUGCGUCCGCCGCUCCAGCGGGAAACAACAGAAGAUCACCACGGUGACCCAGGGCCGAGGCUCGCUGUGCAUAUUCCAAGUACAAAUCCAAAACACAAAAAUCAACACAUCUGAAAAUAUCAAAUAUCUCCUUAAGUUUUGAGUUAGACCUUGGGACUUACAGUGGCGCUAUGUAUCACGUAUGAGGGGCGUCUAUCACGAGGGGUCUGUUUUAAACUUCACAAACUCUACAAACUCUUCGUCUUUUGCUUUCACCGUGCGGGUGAAUUGUGUCUUCGGACCAGAGGCGGAACUCCUUCCUGAAAACGCCCGGAGCCGAGUGACACCGCUGCAUUUGAACUGUCUGCCUUCACACAAUAAUAAUAUAAUAUACUGACCUGAGACCACCUUCGGCGGCUCACGGGCAGCAGCACAUUAUAAAGCAAACAUACUUUCACACACAGAAGUACAUGAAGCGGUGGCAGGUUCGUGGAGGGAUGUUCGAAGGUUAACAGGAGCUUUUAUGCAUAAACUGAUUAACAGUUGAAUAGAUGUUUUCAUGCAGCUCGUCCUGCGCCAGUGUGCGUAGAAACUGGACAAGGGAACACUUACUUCUUCCACCCAGAACAGAAAGACGCGGCACCAGCUCCAGGCAUCGCCGAGAGAGCCACGACGUCCUCCCUGCAACACACACAGAGACCUUCACAGUCUUCUAGACACUGCAUGGCAGCGAUGCAUUUAACCUCCUCCACCGUCCUCUCGCUUCCUGUCACAAAUCUGGACUUGGAGUUUGUGAUCGUUUGUGGUAUCUCCGAACCCGUUUGUCUCAGAAGAGCAGGGUGCGGCGUCAGAUGCUACCUACCGGUGCCAUUCGUAACAGUGUCUGUCCUCAUUGCAGCAAGCGUUUUCUCCAAUGUGCCAUUAAUAAGCGGAGAGGGACCAGGGAAGACAGAUCAAAACUGGAGUUUGAUUUGAGGAGUGGAAGCACUCAGCACAAGGUGUCGUGAAGAAGGAGGUGUGUAUGUACAGGUCCCUGUGUGUCAUCUAGGUUUCUCAUUUUACCGUCACUACACAGUGCCAUCCCUAUUCAUAGGGCUCCUCGUGACCAAACCCUCCUGUAGUUCUGAUUCCAAUCCAUCAGCUGACGCCCUCUGCCUCCCUCUGCUGGCGUUUCCACGCAGUUACACAGCCGACGCUUAACUUAAGUGACCCUUGUACCCUUCACAGCAUGCAACAAGUAUCACCUUUACAGUUUUGCGAGUGCAAGUGGAUCCAGCGUUCGGCCUCGCUCUCAAAUUAGGACACCGCUCCAGCCCCAGAAAUUCUCGAGAAGUAUGAGUAGCAAUACCUGCAGCGGUGAGACUUACUGGGUGAGAUUUUAUACAUGUAGGUUGGAGUUCAGUCGGCCUCUGCAGGGGUUUUGUCACAUCUGAGAAAAUAGUCCCUGCGACGUGGUGUUUGGUCUCAGCUUUGGUCAUCAAAUUUGAAACUGAAUACGUGGUCUGUGAUCUGUGGGUGUAGAGUAUCAGAGGUGUGGAUGCUCGCCAGGUGCGCAGGGCUCGGCGGCGACCGUGUUAUCAGAGGGGAGGGAUACAGGGCUUUUGGAACUUGACCCACACUAUGGACCAAAACUAAAAGAUUCGCCUCAUUCCGCCGCAUUGAUUUGUUCCUCUGGCGAGUUUACGAACGUGCAAUACUAAACCGAGCUCCAUCAGCUUUUUGACAGAUUUGAAAUUGAAUCACACGACAAGCACAGCGUUCAUUUCUUUUUUUUUUCUUUUUCUUUUCCCCCCCUUGCGACAGACGCGUUGCUGCAGGUUGCUUCCACCUUGCACGCCUCAUUCUCACAGGGCAGCUCGCCUUACCUCCAGCUACAGACCUUAUCAUUUGCAAGCGAAGCGUGCAACGGAGCAGUUUUUUAAGAGUGCUGAGUAGGCCGUGUCGGCUCUUAAAAUAAAUAAAUAAAUAAACAAACAAACAAAAAGAUGAACGAAGCAGUUAGCUGCUGUUUAUCCGCUCUGUCAUCAAAACUAUUUGCGAGGAUUUGUGUAACUGCGUAUCGUGGUAAUGAUGUUCCAGGUCAGUGUGUGAGAACAGUUGUGGAUGUCCAUUUCUCCAUGUUCUUCCAGGUCUGCAUAUUACUAUUAUUAUUAUUAUUAUUAUUAUUACUGCUACUACUAUUAUUAUCCUACACUGGUACUGAGUGUCCUCCGGGAAGGAAAAAAAAAAAAAAAAAAGAGGUUUGUGGGGAAAGGUGUAAAUCUUUGCUGACACAAUAGAGAAAACACAAAGCACUUGUCGAUUUUGAGUUGUAGACAAUCCUGCCUUCGUUAUCAGCUACUCUGUAUAUAAUGUUUGUAAAAAAAAAAAUUAUUAACAAAAAGUGGGAGGGGAAAGUGACCAACAUUUAAUGUUAUAUAUAAUAUAUAUAUAUAAUAUUAAGGUCAUACUCAUGAGUGGAACAGUUGCAGUUUACAGGUCUUCAUGCUGUAAGCGUUUUCUCUCCAAAGCUGAAUGAAAGACGAACAUAGAGAAUUAUAUUAUGUAUAACAGUAGUGUCAAAAUUGCAGUUGUGUAUUAGAUACUUUAUAUUAAAUGUGCAUCAGAGUCAUAUAGAGAUGGAAAAUUAUUUAAGAAGAGGAUCAAGAUGAUAACUCAGCUAUUUAUUUCUAUAAAUAAUAAUAAUAAAAAAAGAGCGAUGUGUGUAAUGUUGGCAUGUUUGUGUUCACGCAUCAGAUCAUUGAGUUGCCUUCUUAACUGUUCUGCUACUGUGGCAAGAAAAUUAUUAGAUGUUUAAAGAGCUUUGAUUGCCUGCAGGUUUUCUCCUUAUUUGAUCCAGUCUGUCGUUGCACUAGUGAGAAAAGAAAAACAAAAAAAAGAAGAAGAUAUUUCAGAUGUUUAUUAUAAGAGUGUUGUUUUUAAAUGUUCAGCUAUUUCUCAGUAUUUGACAAAAAUAUGAUGCACUUUUUUUCCUGAACACUUUUUAUCGGCUGGAUGCCUGUGCGACGUCCCCCUGGCGUGGCACGAGGAAGGAACUCUUCACUUACGCGCUGAAGGCGUCAGAAAAACGCGGUGGGAACCUGAUAAUGAACUUCGACAAGUGAACAGACGUGCGGUCUGACUCUUCUCUAAUGCACCAUCUCUCAUGUCUCUCAUCGGUCGGGAAGUUAAAGAAUGAACCUGAUUCAACUACAUUCAAGUGCUUUUUCGGUUGCCAAUAUGACCUUAUGCUCACCUUUGUAUUUGUUACUGUCUUUGUUUUACUCUUGCAUUAUGCUGUAAAUCUCACGCUCAUACCAACAGUACGUUUGUUUUUGUUUUUUUUGUGACAGUUGUCCUGCUGCAGAUGUUGCGGAGCCUUUGAGCUCUGAACCUACAGAUUAGAGGUGCCUGGUUUUGGGUUCUCUCUCAUUUAUUUUAAAGUCUGAAGCAUCGCAAAUGAACCAACGUGCUUCUUUAUUCACAUGUUUAUUUCAGCUAUUAUUUUUAUUAUUUUUUUCUUAAUUCAGGCGUUGCAGUCACACCCACUGAUCGUGUCUGUGCUUCUCUCUUCUUCUCUGGAAAUAUUUUACGUAUGAAUGAUUGUAUUCUGCCCAUUCAUCUGAACAGUGUUUUACACAUUACCUCAAUACUUAACUGGGCAAUUAAGUGUGCAGUUCAUCUUUGUAAUUUCUCAUUAUUCUUUUUUUUAAAUUUCUUUUUUAUUUUCAUUAUUUUUUCAUUGGUUUUGACUGCUUGAUCCAUGAACGCCAUCCGUUUUAAUCUCCUGCGACAAAAUCAAUUCUGUUGCUGAAAAAAAAAUCACUUUUCCCAGAAAAUGAUCAGCCUUCUGUGAUGACUGCAAUAGAUGGAAAUGUUUUACUAUUCAUUUUCACUCCUUUGUUGUCAUCAAUAAAAUUGCUUUAAAUUGUA